UUAAAUCAAAAAUCAACUAAAAUAGUUUAUUUUUUUUUCAAUAAUCUUAGGAUUAUCCUGAGAUUAUCCUAAAAAUUCCGAGAUUAUCCUAUUUCAAUCUUGGGGGGACCAGGAUUGACAUUUUCAAUAGUCCGAUCCGAAGAUAGAAUAGAAUGUAAUGUAGGGUUUUGCUAAUAGCAAAAGCGGCACUGCGAUCUAUGAUCUCUUGUACCAGAUAAUCCAGGAUUAUCCUCAAUCUUUUUUAGUGAAAACCAUCAUCUGAAGAUUAUCCCAAAAAUUGGGGUGGAUGAUCCGAAAACGAGGAUUAUCCACUUUAGUGAAAACGGCCCUAAGAGAUUUUUGAAAAGAAGGUUGUAACGGUUUUUUAAGAUUUGAAAAAUUUCAGUAUACUUUACGUAGCGAUUGUUUACGUUUGCUGUAGGUAGACAAUAGAAAACUACCAAAUAAUACUUUUCUAAGUUUCUCAACUUUUCAGAAUUGAAUAAUAAGUUCUAUAAAUACUUAUACAUUGUUUUGCAACCUAGUCACUUUACAAUCACACUGUGUAAACUAUCAACUAUAAUUUCAAAUAAAGAUUUAAACUUCCACCACACAUUAGUUACUACGGAUCAUAUAUUUUUCUUCAAAAAGUAGUUUUCUGAAAGGCAAAAUUUUCAAAUCAAGUUUCAAUAGUGAAAUUAAGAAUUUUAAAAGCUAUAAUUGUAAAAAUCUAAUAAUAUAAGUGAAUAGUUAUCAGUAAACAAUCAAAUAACACUGAAAAUAUCAAAAAAGUAAUGCGAAAAAAAUGAAAAUUAAGCAAAUGCAAUUAUUUUACAAUUUUGUUAAUUUUAGACUGAUUUUACUGCCAAACGAGGCAAGUGCAUCUCUGAAGACGGGUUAAAUUUAUAAAUUCUAAUCUUUUAAAGAUGGAAAGUAAAAAGAAAAUUAGAAAACAUGCUCCAACAUCAAGCAGUAGUUCGGACGACGAUGAUUCCUCUACAAGUAGUUCAAGCUCUUCCGAUAAUCAUCAUAAAAAGCACAGAAGUUCAAAGAAGCAACGCGACUCUAGCAGUUCCAGUGAUGGGGAAUUUGUUCGCAAAACUCACAAGCAUCAGCACAAAAAGUCUGCAGUACGAAAACACUCACAUUCAGCUAAAAUUAGAGCGAAAAUGGUACAAACGAAUGUAAAGAAAACAAGAAGUAUGUCACCUGCAACACGAGCUGCUCAUAAGCAUCAUUUGAAAUUAAAAUUGGCUAAGAAAGCCAAACAAUUGGAAGAGCAUGAUAGGCAUAGUGCUAGAAGGUCUAGAACUCCUGUUAGAAGGGAUGUUAAAAAGGAAAGAACACCUGAACAUCGAAUUAAUUCACCAACAACAAGGAUUAGAGUCAGUGUUCCAAACAAUCGUGUUCAAGAUCGUGCAGUACUAAGAUCUGUUAAAGAUUCUCCAUCAACAAGUCGUCGAUAUGUGAGAGAAGCCAUCGAUGAAAGAGGAGAUAGAGGAGAUAUAAUGAUGAGACAAAAAGAGCACGAAAAAAUGAGAAGAAUGCCAGAAGAAGAGCAUUAUAAGUACUCAGCUAAAGUUCCUGAGCGUGCUUCCAGAGUAAUACCUCCAACUCGAAUGACUCCUGAUAAAUAUCAUCGUGAAAGAAGUCGAUCACAUGGUCGAAUUCCCAUCCGCGAACGACUGGAUAAAGAAUUUGAAUAUCGAAGGUCUAACUCUAGAGAACGAGAUGAUUAUCCAAUCGGAAGAAAUAGUGGAAAUAAUCCAAGGGAACAUAUGGAUAGACCAUAUGAAUAUCGUCAAGAAGAUAGACGAAAUCCAAAUCAUGAAUAUGGACAGUCAUCAAGGCCUUAUGAGGAUCGUCAUCAUAGAUGGGAAGAUAGUCGUGGAAAUGAGCCAGAAACUAGAGGCAAUAGAAUUUAUGAAGGAGGUAAUAGUGGCAAUAAAAAUUGGGAACCACCACUACAUGAACGAAAAAGAAUCCCUGAUGAUGUUCCGUACAAAGAAAGACAGUGGAAUGAAAAUAGUGGACCACCGCCUCAUGAUAAAUGGGCCCAUAAAGAUAAAGAACCGCAAGACUGGAAACGAGGAAGUUGGAAAGAUCAACAAUCUUCACAAGUUGCUCCAACAAUGCCUCAUCCAAGACGCUGGCCUGGACCAAAUCAAAUGUCUUCUGAUACUUGGAACUCACCAAGAGGUCCACCACCUCACAAAAUGGAUUCUCAUCCAUCUUCGGGACCACCAUUUAAGCCACGUGGAGGUGCACCAUAUUUUGGAUUCAAGAGGUUUCCUUACAAAAGGUUUCCAAAUCAAUAUUCGAAAAUCAACUUUCCAUCAAAAAGAGUCUUACCAAGCGCCGCUACAUCACAAAGUCAUGAGAAACAAGAUGACCCAAGAACGAUGGGAGAAUCAUUAGAUAAUAACAUAAAAUUUUCAAUCGAUCAACAGCAGGCAGAUAAUCUUGGCAAUGAAAGUGGUGAAUUGACGACAGAAACUGAAGAGGAGAAGAUUGCUCAACCAGACACAACAUUUAGCGGAACGAUCGAUCCACAAGAAGAAUGUGAAGGAAACUUGAGCGAAUUCAGUGAUGUCGAUGAUGAAAUUUUAAACCGCGAAGAAAUCGGAGAGAACUCCUCAUCUCAUUUGGAUGUUCAGAUACAGUCUCAAUCUAGUUGUACUACAUCCACUGCAAGUCGAGCUCAUAAUCGCAUUGCCUAUGUAAAUAAUCGAAUUUUUAGUCCAUUUUCAAGUGAUUAUUAUUGUAUUUAUGGUUUAUUACCACGACAUGCAGAUGAUGAUGUUGGGAAAUGCGAACUCGCGAGGGCGUCAGCACAAGAGAAUCAGCAACAACAACGGUCAUCUGAAUCACAAAUACAGAAUGAUCAAUAUCAGGAGGAGUCGACACAAGAUCCGAAUGCACAGAAAAUGAUAAGUAAAAUACAUGCAAAUAAGGAACUAAAGAAGGAAAUGGACCUUGACUUUGAGGAAAUAUCAGAUGGUGAGUUCGAGCAGGAAUCAGCAUUAAAAGGAUUUGGUGAUGCAUUAGGUGUCGAUUGGGCUAGUUUGGCAAAGGAAACACAACGUCCAAUGAACAAAUUAUCUGAAGAUUUCUAUAAUACAACAAAAUCUCGAUGGUCAGCACAUCGUAUACUUUGGGAUAUCGGGAUUAGUGUCAAAUUUGCUGGCGAGGAUUUCGCACGAAGAACUAUGGAAGAUGCAAGAAAUCAAUUGCGUGAAGAGAAGCAUGAAUGGCGUUUGAAGAAGAAUCAACAGUUAAAGGAUGAAAAAAUGGCAAUGAAUGGUGACAUAAAGAAGGAAAAGGUUGAUGGAAUUAAGGUAGAACCUGAGGAUGAAGAAGAUGAAGAUCCAAAAAUCGAUAACGAUGAUCAAGAAGAUUUUGAACUUGAAAACGAUGUGUUGAACCAUCCUUUAGCACAAGUACAAGUUCUGAUGAGGAAGCUCGCUAUUAAACGCAAAAACCUGAUCCUAAAUUCAACAGGCAAAUAUGGACGUGCUCUUUCAGCCAGAAAGGAUUUAAAACUACGAAGACAAUUAUGUAAUUUGCCAGCAAAAGACGUUCAUAUUGACCGAAACUGCACAUCAAAUUCUGAAAUCAACAAACAUGCUGAUGAAAUUUAUCGGAAACUUGUCGAAGGAAUUAAUUAGACAGUAAGAAAUGGCAACAAUAAUCAUUUGAUUCAUGAAUAGUUACGUGUUAUACACAUGAUGAUCAUGUUCUUUAUGAGAUAAUAGGAAAUUAAUAAAACAUAAAUCUUCAAUUUUGCAUAGAAAUGGAAUGACAAUUGAAUUAUUUCGUGUGCCAUUGAAUCUUGACUUGUAGAGGUUAAAAAUGCUGUGAUUAUUGAGACUCUAAUGAAAUGAUUUUGAGGAGGACUUGAAAACUUCUAUUUCAGGAAAAAAAAAUCCGAAAAAAUCUUAUUCCUCCCUAUUCAUAAGCUAAUAAUACUUGGUCCGAAUAACAUAAAUUAAGUCGUGAAUAUAUUAAUUAAAACCAAUUCUACCAAAAAAGUCAACUAGUCUAAUUAAAGUUUCAAAACAGUCAGCCGAAAAUAGAAUAAAAGGUCAAUGAUUAAUGGUGACAUCAAUUAAUAUUUUACGGAAUUAAGUAAGCGUGCAAUUAGCACGCACAUCCGAAGUGAAUUUAAUGGAGAUCAACUGAGAUUGAAAUCGCAAAACUUUCAUUUUCAACUGUAACAAAAAAUGCAAAAACAUCGCAUUUCGCAUGAGAAAAUCGAAUUAACACAAUCGAGUUAAAUUAUUUAUGCCAUUUUUUAUUUACUUCUUCAUUCAGAGUUUUUCCUCUUUUUUUUUUUUUUGAUAGAUUGUUUCAAACUUUCUGCUUUCAAAUAAAUUAAGUAGAAAAUAAUUUUAUAUUUCCUGCAUCAAAAAUCGAGCGCGUGCUGUCUACUUAGUGUUUAAUUUACUAGAGUUUAAGGGAAGCUUGUAGAGGUAUUUGGGUGGACUUAGGGUUAGUCAAUAUCGGACUUACUAUUUUUCAUUUAAGAAGCUUUUACUUCCUUUUUUAACAGCCCCUUCCCAUUUUCUCUAGAAAGUUUGUUCAUUAUUCGUGCAAAUCUACAAAAUAUUAUUUUUUUUUACAUUUUAUUUCUCAUCUAGUAAUUAAUUUUUCAUUUUUUGUUUAUGUUGUCUGAGCAGAGUGGAAUCUGAGGUUACGAGCCGUAUGUUGGCAAAUCUUUCAGAUUGGAUUUAUUUUUUUUUUUUGUAAGGACGUUACAUAGUAUUUUCGAUAUGACAAGGAUUCAGCACAAUGCUCACGACAUAACAUUAUUCAAUUUUAAACAAAGCAAAUUGCAAUUUUUACAAAUAAAUUAAGAUUUUCUUUUAACAAUUUAAACUUCCACGCGUUAAGCGGGUUGAUUAACAUUUUUAAUAUUUUUUUAUAGAACGGAAUUUCGUUUAAACUUUUUGAAAGCAGAUUUUUACAUAUUUUGAUACAAAAUUAAUUUUUUUUUAAAAAAGUCUGAAUCUAAAAGGUUUGAUUUGAUUUGAGAUGAUUUAAUGAUAUUUUUAAGAGAUCUUUAAGGACUCAAAAUAAGGUUUUUAAUGCCUGAAUUAUGAUUUUGUCGAUAGCCAACAGAGAUGGUAAUAGCCAACAGCUUACAAUCCACAACACUCAAAUCAGUUAUUCACUGUUCACUGUUAAGCUUUAUAUAGCCUCAAUUAUACAUACUGAAAUGAAAUUUUUAACGGAUAUAAGGUCACAUAUACAGAUUAUGUGACGUUCUUUUGUUGGUGAUAAAAGGUCAAGAUGUGUCUUGGUAUAAAAUUGACCAAAAUAUGAAACCUUAUCAGCAACAAGCCAGUUUAAGUAAGAUCUUCAGUUUGGAAAUAUUUAUGUCGUUCAACUUAAAGUCUUUUGUUAUUUUUCCACCUAAUUUUGAUCAUAUUUUUCAAACAGUUGUGGAUUAAAAAUCAUAAAAUUGCGGCGAAUUUUUACCAAGUCUAAUCAAGCAAAGAAGGAAGUUUUGAGGUCAUUGAUCUCUAAAGCUUGAAAAAGUAGCAACGAACGAUUCCAAGGUCAUUGCUCUGUUUACAAUGUUUGCGCGAAAUAAAAUGCAACUUAAAUUUUUAAGAAAUCAAAAGACUUGGAUCAUUUCGUAGUUCAUGAGUGAAUCUUAGCCAUUCCUCAAUAUUAAGUAUUUUCUUCCUGCAGUUUUUAUAUCUGAUCUCUUGCAAAAUGUUCUACAUUCUUUUCUACAUUUUUUUCGAUAUUCUGUGUUUAAACCACAAUUAUUUGUUCUCAUAUCAGUCCAAUUUGAAUUCUUAUAAUAUAACUCAAAUUCUCUUUAAAUCAUCGUUUACAGCUGGAUUUCAUUUGCCCUAAGUUAACUAAUGCACACCUCGUCUUCAAACAAUCAUUUUGUUGAUACAAAAAAUUUAACAAACGAUAUUUUUGGGCUGGGCUAUUAAGUGUAAGCUACAAUAAUUACAAAGUUUAUGCACCGAUAUAAAAAUGCAUUAUUAUUUUUCGUGUUAUCAAAAUCUCUCCAUACUUUUCUAGUUACAAAUUUCUUAUUAUUUUUAAUCAUCAUUUCAUUUAAUAUUUUAAUCAGAGACAAACUCAUUUGGUAUCAAUUUUCAGUUUUAUUUAUCGUUUGGUCAAGGAGCCGUUCAUAAAUGACAAACCCACAAGUGAGGGUAGCGGGUGUCAAAAAAUCUCGUUUUUUUAUGGACGUCAUUUAUAAAGAGCCCUCUACAUGUUAUCAUACUUUUUUGCAUUUUCAUUUCCUUUUUAUUAUUAUCACAUUUUUGUUGUUACUUAGAAGAAAAAAAAAUCAUUUUUAUGUGAUUAUUUUAUUUUUAUGAUGUCAUUUUCAUAGAUUUAAUUGUUAUUGCUUUCAUGAUGACUUAACAAUAAUUUCUAUGCAAAUAUUUAUUGUGAUUUCAGAUGAUGAGUGAUGGCGCGAGAGGGGAUGUCGAAUGAAUUAAUUUAUGCUUAACUUUUAUGAUGCCUUUUUUGUGCAAAUUAAAGUGUUUUAAUUAAUGGGAUGGAAUUGAAAAUGUUUUCAAAUUAACAAAACUUUUAUGCAUUGCAAAAAUCACUUCAUAGCUGAAUUAAUUUGUUCUUUUUCACGAUUAUUUUGAUCGAGAUUUAAGUGAAAUCUGGUAAUUGAAAGUUUUUUGUGGAUUGAGUCAAGUUCUUCAAAACGUACGUAAAAUUGAGUCAAGUUUUAAAAACGUACGUAAAAUUUAGUCAAGUUCUUCAAAACAUACGUAAACUUCCAACGACUGCAAACAAAGAAAACUUCAGUUUGAUUCGAAAAAUUCAAACUGAAAUUCGAAAAAUUUCGAACUAUUAAAUUUUUUAAAAAAAUAAAUGAUCGUUAAGGAAUUAAUAAAAAUAUAUUUAUUCUAGUUAUUUUUUGAAGCAAAAUUAUUCCUUUUAUGUACCAAUCGACUUUGAAAUUGUAAUUUUACUCUAAAUUCAACAAAAACUUUUAAUAAUUUAUCAAUUGUAUCUUGACAAUGUUCAAAAUCGACUUAAAUUUGUGCAAUUACUGUAUUAAUGAAUUUCUGGUUAAAGGAAGGAUCAGAACAUAAGGUAGAACAAUUAAGCUGUCUAUAAAUAAAUUCAAGAAUACACAAGAAAUAUUUUUUUUCACAGCAAUAUUCAAUAUUAUGCAAUUUAAGAAAUUCAAUCCACUUAUCUUUAUGCACAGAGCUUUUUGGAAGUUCAAACAGAGGAAUUUUAUUGGUUUUCUUUCCUUUACAACCAGUAAUUACACAAUUUCUGACUAUUUUAAAAAAAUGAAAUUUUAUAAAUUCAAUGAAGACCAAGAAAUGUAAACAAAUAUUUUCAACCGAAAUUUUAAAUUCAAAUCAAGUUCGAAAAUGAAGUACCUAUUUCCGAAAAGGAGUUCUUGUUUGCAGUCGUUGGGUAAACUUGAGUCAAGUUUUGAAACGUACGUAAAAUUCAGUCAAGUUCUAAAAACGAACGUAAAAUUGAGUCAAGUUUUAAAAACGUACGUAAAUUGAGUCAAGUUACGUCAAGUGUAAUCCAAAAAUCCACAAAAAUCAACCCAAUUUCAGCACUUUGAAGCACAAUUAAGAGAAAAACGAGCGCAAUUAUUGUAAUUAAAUAUUCAUUUUUACAUUAAACCUUACGUAAAUUUACACUUUUAAACUUUUCUUUAAUCAUUUCAUUACAUUCCUAAGGUGUACGAAGUAGAAACUGUUCUUUAAUAUAUAAAUUAAUUAAUAAUUUUUAAAUAUAUAUUCUUAUAUUUGAUUCUUUUUUGACUACAAUGCAAUGGGAUUAGCAAUUUAAACAUCCAUCAUAAGUGGACGUUCUUCACUUGUUGUUGUUUUAGUUAUUUCCUUUUGUACAACGUAAAAUCUAUGUUUAUUGCUUAGCAUGCCCCAAAUCACAGCAACAUUUUCAAUAACUAAAUUUACGGGUAUUGUUCCAAGUGCUCCAAUAAUGCAUAAGAUUGACUUUAAUACACCAAAUCGAUAUAAUGAAAAGGAUUUGAGAACACCAAAAAUGUACAUGUACACGCUAAUGGCGCCAAGAAAAGCGCAACAAACAUCCAAAAUGAAUGGACAUGGUAUAGGCAUUAAUACAGCCAAAAAUAUAUUUGAUGUUGAUAAAGGCAUUGUCACCCAACUGUAAACGCUUAGCGUAAGGAAAAUUUUAUGCUUAAUUGGAAUGACUUUUGAAUGAACGACAAGGAGGAUUCCUUGGAGCCAACGCUUACGCUGUUGAAGGAAGUCGAGUAGUGUGAAUGGUGAUUUCUCAUACAUUUCGCCUUCAAUAAAAUCAAAUGAGUACCCUUUACUAUAUGCUUUCAUUGCAAAGAAGCAAUCCUCAGCAACAGAUCCAUCGACACCAUUAUCAAACGAUACGUCUUUCUCGGCAUGCAACUGAAAGUAAAGUAAGCAAUUAAGAUCUCAUUAGGUUGGAGAAAGUAAGAGUUUAAUGAGACUCGAGAUUAAUUUUAAGUGACUAGACUGAUUAUCUGAUCUAAUUUAGGAAAUGAGUUUGGCUUUUAGCUACAAAGGUUGCAGUGUAUUGAUCCCCAAUCAAAAUAUCAUAUCGCAUUCCAGGAAGCAAUUAAGUUCAAAACAAUCAACAUUUAUAAACUUAUCAACCUGUGCAAAGCCAUGAUAGUAAAAUUUUGAAGGUUGAGUGGAUUCAAAUACUGUUAAUAAUAAGAUAACAUUUUUGUCGAGUCACUUAACAUAAUUAGCUUAUAUUUUGGUAAAUUCAUUUUUCAGAGUGCUUCCGUGCAUUCUAACCAAAGGUUUUGUGGUUUGGGGAAAUAAAUUUUCUAUUUACGAUUUUAAUUCGCAUCAAAACAAUCUCUACAUCUC